AGAGAGACAGGCUGACAGAGAUAGCUACACAGACAAAUCCCAAAAAAGAUAUAUUUUAGUCACAAGUAUAGGCAGAAAGAAACCAUUCUGGCUAUAUAUUCAUACAGACACAGGUUCAUAAAAUCAGAGAAACUGAGAAGAAUUGCAAGUGCACGUGAACACAGAGGCGCGUCAGAGCUAGACACAGGACGAAGGAACCCUAUAGUGCAGUGCACUGUUGGUCAGGAUGGCAGCUCGAAUCCGGCGCUACUCCGACAGCAUGUCUCUCCCAGACUCCUUCAUCCAGCAGCAGCAGCUCGACGCCUCCAUGGCCGACACCUUCCUGGAGCACCUCUGCCUGCUCGACAUCGACCAGCAGCCAAUCACGGCCCGCAACACCAGCAUCAUCUGCACCAUCGGACCUGCUUCUCGCCCUGUCCCCAGGCUUCAGGAGAUGGUGAAGGCUGGAAUGGACAUUGCCAGACUGAACUUCUCCCACGGGUCUCACGAGUACCAUGGAGAGACCAUCAAGAACAUCCGGGAGGCAGUUACCACCCUGACCACGGACCCUCUGUACUACCGCCCUGUUGCUAUUGCUCUGGACACUAAGGGUCCAGAGAUCCGCACCGGGCUCGUAAGAGGGCAGGUAGACGGGGAGGUGGAACUGGAGCGGGGGGCGGAGGUUCGGCUGGUCACGGCGGAGAGUGAGAGGAACAGCACGGAUGGGGCCACUGUGUGGGUUGAUUACCCCAGUCUGCCCCUUGUGGCAGAAAAGGGGAAAACAAUCUUCAUCGACGACGGGCUCAUCGGACUGAAAGUCCUGGAGACAGGGCCGGACUGGGUGCAGACGCGGGUGAAGAGUGGGGGGCUCCUGUGCAGCAGGAAAGGGGUGAACCUGCCGGGGGCCGACCUGAUCAACAUGCCGGCGGUCAGCGCUCAGGACGAGGCGGACCUGCGCUUCGGCGUGACCCAGGGGGUGGACAUGGUGUUCGCCAGCUUCAUCCGCAACGCAGAGGACGUGCGCGCGGUGCGCAGGGCGCUCGGGGAGCAGGGCAAGGACAUCAAAGUGGUCAGCAAGGUGGAGAGCCGCCAGGGCGUACGCAACUUUGAGGAGAUACUUGCAGAGAGUGAUGGGGUCAUGGUGGCUCGGGGGGACCUGGGUAUUGAGAUUCCUGCGGAGAAAGUCUUCAUUGCCCAGAAGAUGAUGAUUGGUCGUUGCAACUCUGCCGGAAAACCUGUUAUCUGUGCCACUCAGAUGUUGGAGAGUAUGGUGGGUCACCCCCGCCCGACUCGGGCAGAGAGCAGCGACGUGGCCAACGCUGUGCUGGACGGGGCAGACUGCGUGAUGCUGUCUGGAGAAACAGCCAAGGGACACUACCCCGUGGAGGCUGUGGCCAUGAUGCACUCGAUCUGUCGGGAGGCAGAGGCGGCCAUCUUCCAUCAGCAGCUGUUUGAGGACCUGCGCCGUUUGACCCCGCUGUCCUCCGACCCCACGGAGGUGACCGCCAUCGGGGCGGUGGAGUCCUCCUUCAAGUGCUGCGCUGGGGCCAUCAUCGUCCUCACCACCACCGGCAGGUCAGCCCAUCUGCUGUCACGCUACCGCCCUCGUUGCCCCAUCAUUGCUGUGACCCGGAGCGAGAGGGUGUCCCGUCAGUCCCAGCUCCUCAGGGGCGUCUUCCCCGCCCUGUACAGGGCCCCCCCUCACCCAGUCUGGGCCGAUGACGUCGACAACAGAGUAAACUUCGGCAUGGACAUAGGGAAGGCCCGUGGGUUCUACAAGCCGGGUCACAUGGUGAUCGUGAUGACGGGCUGGAGCCCUGGAUCUGGACACACCAACAUCAUGAGGGCCGUCCCAGUGAUAUGAACCCCAUCUCACACUGACCAACGCACUGACAGACUGACAGACUGACUGACUGACACUCUGAUACGUUGCAUGAUUGAUACACUGACUGAAUGAUACACUAACAAACAGACCACACCGAGACUGACUUCUGAUGCUGUCACAGUUGAUAUAACACACUUAGAGAAAAGGGUUGUUUGUCAUGUCUUCAUAGGGGAAUCCUGUAUGGCUCUUUAUGGAAAUCUCUAUGUUAGGUGUUUAAAUUUGUGAAGGCUGCCAGAUUGAUCCAUUUUCGGGUUCCUCAAUGGAGCCUUUUGGAACCCUUUCUUUUGACUGUAGAGUAACGCAGACUAUUACACUGUCGCACUGAGUAAUGAUGACUAUCACGCACUGGGAACAGUCGCCUCACCAGACUGACAAUCGAUGAUGUUGAGCAUGCCACCGAUUCGCUAUCACUGUUCCUGUUGCGCAGACUAAAUUUCUCCCAAACAUAAACUGAUAGCCCUGGCUGACAGACUUUUAACUAUAACUCCGUGUCACGGCGACCAGAUUGGGUUGCAGCUUUAGUGCCCUGUACACGUUCACACUCAUACAAGGCAUGACUCAAUGCCAUUGCACCGUAACCUGAUAGGAAGCACUUUACAUAGCUGCCAGCACAUGGAAAUGCCUGACCCCAGAUUGACUGAAGUGUGGACUGACAGAGGCUUGUACAGUGGCAGACCAGCGGGCUGCUUCUGCCACCGCCUCCAUGCCAUGUGUGCCCGGAAUCACUGCCUGAAUAAAUGUCCAUGCAUCACAAA